AUGGAGUAUGAACAAGAAGAACAUCCCAAGCUUCAGUUCCCUUUAGAUUCCAACUCUUACAACAUCAUUUCUGAAAUCGGUGCUGGUGUUUGUUCUAAAGUUUAUACAGCCCAAUGUCUUCCCAUCAAUUCAAAUGUUGUUGCCAUUAAAUCCAUCGAUCUUGAUCAGUCCAACGCCGGUUUCCGCAACCUUAUCGGACGUGAAACCAACACCUCCUCGCUUCUUUCCCACCCCAACAUCCUCAACCCUCAUUGUUCCUUCACCGCCGGUAACCGUAUCUGGGUGGUUAUGCCCUUUAUGUCCGGCGGUUCUUUAGAGUCCAUCACCUCAUCUUCUUCCCCCAAUGGCAUACAAGAGCAAUGCAUUGCCAUUAUUCUCAAAGAAACCCUGACUGCAUUAUCCUAUCUUCACAGCCAAGGGUAUUUGCAUAGAGAUAUAAAGGCCAGUAACAUCUUGUUGGACGACAACGGACGUGUUAAGCUUGCGGAUUUCGGUGUUUCGUCAUCGUUCUAUGCGUCGAGUUCGGUUUACAGAUUAGGUUCUUCGACAUUUUCGUCUCAAUAUGGGACGGCCCCAGAGGUGAUUCAUUCACAUAAAGGCUAUAGUUUCAAAGCUGAUAUAUGGUAUUUCGGUAUAACUGCUCUUGUCUCCACCAAGAAGUUUUCAGAAACUUUUCAAGACAUGGCUGCUUCUUGUCUCCAUAAAGAUCCUGCAAACCGACCCUCUGCAGAUAAGCUUUUGAAACAUCCUUUCUUUGAGAGUUGCAAUGGUACUUCGAAGUUUCUUGCGGAGAAUUUGCUGCGUGGAUUGCCUAGUGUUGAAGAAAGGUUUAGGGCAGCAAGCAAGAUUCUUGAGAAAGGUGUGGAUUGUGAUCCUAAUGGGGACUGGGCGUCUGGUCUGCUCGUUAACCAUCGGAUGUCAUCGAUAAUUGAAGGGAACGGCAAUGGAGACGAGGAGUUUGAGGUGCAUGACCCUGUAUUCCCCGUGGAGUCAACACAAGCGGUGAUUCCAUGUGACGAUGAUGGUGAAGAACAACAACCGGCUGCAGGUGGCCGUGGCAGUGAAGUUAAUGCAGAAACAAUGGUGAACCAACUGAUGGCAUUGAAGACGAGUUUGGAUGAUCAAAAGGAGAAGUUGAAUAAAAUAAUUAACCAGCCUGGAGCUGAAAUGAUCGACAGAGAAGAUGAAUUGGAGAAGGAGAAUGUGAGGCUGAGAUUGGAGUUAGAGCGUGAAAGGGAACAUAACUUGAAUUUGAUUCAAGUGAUCAAUGAAGAAGAUCCAUUGUUGCAACAGAAUGAGAGGCUGAGAUUGGAGUUAAAGAAUGAGAAGCUGAGAUUGGAGAAUGAGAAGCUGAGAUUGGAAUUAGAGAAGCUCAAAAUGCAUAUUUCUGCUACAUCAAACACUACUACUGAUGACAACAACUGA